CACUUAUAUAGGGAGCAUACAAGCAUUUGGGAUUCAACCGUGCUUUGGUACCCUGAAAUCUAAGAUGGCGACCUCCAGAGCAGUGCUGUCUCUCUCCAAAGCUCUAAAGCCAAUACGGCUGGGAAAUACAGUUAAAGUAUUUGGAACAGCACUCUCCACCCAAAGGGAGAAAUCUACAUACACAGGAAAAAGCAUUCCUCCCCCUGCAAGAUAUGGAGGCAGACACACGGUGACACUGAUCCCAGGAGACGGGAUCGGCCCAGAGCUGCUUAACCACGUGCGAGAGCUCUUCAGGUUCAGCUGCGUUCCUGUGGACUUUGAGGUGGUCAAUGUCAACUCUUCCCUAACUAACGAGGACGACAUCAACAACGCCAUCACAGCUAUACGCCGUAAUGGAGUCGCUCUUAAGGGUAACAUUGAGACAAACCACACACUGCCUCCGUCACACAAGUCAAGGAACAAUCUUCUCCGCACCAGUCUGGACCUGUAUGCUAAUGUGAUGCACUGCCAGUCCUUGCCGGGGGUUCAGACCCGCCACAAGAACAUUGACAUCAUCAUCAUUAGAGAGAACACCGAGGGCGAAUACAGCAGCCUUGAGCAUGAGAGUGUACCCGGUGUGGUGGAAUCCCUAAAGAUCAUCACACGGAACAACUCUCUGCGUAUUGCUGAGUACGCCUUCAAGUUGGCCAGAGAGAAAGGGCGACGCAGGGUCACAGCUGUACACAAGGCUAACAUCAUGAAACUAGGCGAUGGCCUCUUUCUCCAAUGCUGUAAGGAGGUGGCCGCUGGAUACCCUGACAUUGCCUUCGACAGCAUGAUUGUAGACAACACCACUAUGCAGCUUGUUUCCAAGCCCCACCAGUUUGAUGUCAUGGUGAUGCCUAAUCUGUAUGGUAACGUGGUCAGCAACGUGUGUGCCGGGCUAGUGGGCGGACCCGGGCUGGUCCCCGGAGCCAACUACGGGAAUGAUUAUGCUGUUUUUGAAACAGCCACUAGGAACACAGGGAAGAGCAUCGCUGGCCGGAACAUUGCCAACCCCACUGCAAUGCUACUGGCCAGCUGUCUCAUGCUGGAUCACCUCAGACUUCACGAGUAUGCCAGCAUGAUCCGUAAUGCGAUUUUCACCACUAUGAACGAGACUCAGUUGCAUACAGCAGACAUAGGAGGGCAGGGCACGACCUUGGAGGUGGUACAGUCCGUCAUGAGGAACAUCAAGAGCAGUGGACCCCUCACUGCAGAGCUAUAAUGCCAUAACUAAACACCACAACAGCCAUAAAUGAUUCUCGAACAUCAGCACUCCAGCAUAUGGACAGAGGAUCAAGAUAUACUGUAUUUAUGCUGUUUACAGGUUGUAUCGGAAGACUUGGAAGUUUGUUUGGAUUCUUUUGGUGUCCAUCUAGGGCCACAUGCGUGCCAUGCAACAUAACGGUUAUAUUAUGUGUUAAUAUGAUAUUUAUGUGGCGGUAUUGUGCAAGGUUAUGGUUUAUAAUGUCAAAAAGCAUUCCAUGGUUAAACGACCUUGAGUUGCAAGAAUAUGUUUCGUGCAGCCAUGUAGUCAUUUUGGAGUGGUUUAUUUAAUCAUUCAUGAAAUCCAUUGUUCUGUCCCAGCUAUAGACAAAAGUAGGCCAAAUUAUUUGAUAAAGGUGCUUAUUAAACUUUUCUUAAUUUAUGUUCAGUAUUUUCUAAAAUCAUCUAAUAUUCAGGGAAAUAAUAAGUUAUCCAAGAAACUUAAUAUUUUCAAGUUCCCAGGAUGUAAAUAUGGAACCUUAUUGAAUUCUCAAAAUUUCUAAGUGACCUUUUCCUUUGGCUCAGUACAGUAGUGUUCAUAAGUUUAAUCUUGUGCUUACUAUUUUAACACGGUUCAAUUUCUUUCACAUGCAUACCUUAUCUGCAAUAUUUAUCUGUAAAACGGUAUCUUGUUUGAUUCUUUAUAUCCUAUUGCAUUUCCAUUGUUACAUUGUUGCAUUCUGGAAAAAAAAAAGAAUUGUAUGGUUUAACAUGUAUCGGCACUGACAUUUUACAUCAAUAAAGUGGUUUAUAAACUUC